GUUUUGGCGGCCACAAACAUGAAUUCAUAACCGGCAAUUUGCGCCCUCCGCUUUCUGUUCUUCGCAUUCUCUGAUUCUCUGAGAAGAGCGUACAUGACGGAUAUUAGUCAAUGUCCUGUCACCCGUUUCUUUGCUUGGCCAUGCUCCCUGAGAGAACAGGCACGACGGUGAGGCCGUAGGAGGCAUGCUCCUCCCCGAUUAUGACCCUCGCUGCCACGCUGCCGGGAGCGGGGUUCAAUUUACGACGGAGGAAUUCUAAAUGUGAACUCGAAUCCCACUUUGACAAUGCUGGCAAUGACUCCUUAUGGUUUCCUUAUGCGGGGACUCAAAAUCGGUCAAAAUGCCAGGUGGGAGCCCCUCAACCUAUUCGACGCGCUUGAACACACCGCGGCGCGCCCGUCGUUCGUAUCGCCAUGGCUUCCCUGCGCAGCGUCGCGUUGACCUUUGUUGCUAUUGUCGCCCCAGUGAUGGGCGGUGUCACCUAUCCCGACUGCGCAAAUGGCCCCCUUAGGUCGAACCUGGUCUGCGACACCUCAGCAGCCCCUGAGGCCCGAGCCGCCGCCUUGGUGGGAGCCAUGAACAACAAUGAGAAGCUCGCCAAUCUCAUCAACAAUUCCCCGGGAGUCUCCAGACUCGGCCUCAGUCCGUACCAAUGGUGGAACGAAGCUCUCCACGGGGUUGCCCACAACCGCGGCAUCACCUGGGGAGGGCAAUUCAGUGCAGCCACGCAAUUCCCACAAGCAAUCACUACCGGAGCGGCAUUCGAUGAUGCACUGAUCGAGCGUAUGGGUGUGGUCAUCAGCACAGAGGCACGCGCGUUUGCGAACAAUGGGCGGGCCCAUCUAGAUUUUUGGACGCCGAAUGUCAAUCCCUUCCGCGACCCGCGCUGGGGGCGGGGACACGAGACGCCCGGCGAAGAUGCCUUCAGAAACAAGAAGUGGGCGGAGGCUUUCAUCAAGGGAAUGCAGGGGACAGGACCUACUCAUCGUGUCAUCGCCACUUGCAAGCAUUAUGCCGCGUAUGACCUCGAGAAUUCGGGCAGCACUACGCGGUUUAACUUCAACGCGAAAGUGUCGACCCAGGAUCUGGCUGAGUACUAUCUGCCUCCUUUCCAGCAAUGCGCCAGGGACUCCAAGGUGGGCUCUAUCAUGUGCAGUUACAAUGCUGUCAACGGCGUCCCUGCCUGCGCAAGCUCCUACUUGAUGGACACAAUCCUCCGGAAGCAUUGGAACUGGACCGACCAGAACCAGUACAUUGUCAGCGACUGUGAUGCUGUUUACUAUCUCGGCAACGCCAACGGAGGCCACCGGUACAAGUCCAGCUAUGCAGCGGCGAUAGGGGCAGCGCUGGAGGCAGGAUGCGACAAUAUGUGCUGGGCAACAAGCGGCACGACGCCGGACGCCGCCUCUGCCUUCAACUCCAGGCACUUUAGUCAGGCUACUCUGGACAAGGCAAUGCUGCGCCAAAUGCAGGGGCUGGUGAGGGCAGGGUACUUCGAUGGGCCCAACAGUUUGUAUCGCAACCUUGGCGCUGCAGACGUCAACACCAACAUAGCCCGGGACCUUGCGCUCAAGGCGGCAGAGGAGGGUAUUGUACUGCUCAAGAAUGAUGGUGUCCUCCCCGUCUCGCUGAACGGCUCUAACUCGCAGGUUGCUAUGAUCGGCUUCUGGGCGAACACAGCUGACAAGAUGCUGGGUGGGUAUAGUGGAAGCCCGCCGUUCAAGCAUGAUCCGGUGACAGCGGCCAGAUCCAUGGGCAUCACAGUCAACUAUGUCAACGGCCCGCUCACACAAUCAAGCGCAGACACGUCAGCGGCAGUUAGCGCGGCCCAGAAAUCCAGCGUGAUCAUUUUCUUUGGCGGUAUUGACAACACGGUGGAGAAGGAAAGCCAGGAUCGCACAUCCAUCUCGUGGCCUUCUGGGCAGCUGAGCAUGAUCCAGAGGCUUGCCGGCCUUGGCAAGCCAGUCAUUGUCGUCAGGAUGGGGACGCACGUUGACGAUACGCCCCUUCUCAGCGUCUCGAACGUGAAGGCCAUCCUCUGGGCGGGUUAUCCAGGCCAAGACGGCGGCACGGCUGUCAUGAACAUCAUCACUGGAAAGACCAGCCCAGCCGGAAGACUGCCUGUCACGGUGUACCCGUCAGCAUACACUAACCAAGCCCCGUACACCAAUAUGGCGCUCCGGCCUUCGGGCUCGUACCCUGGACGGACGUACCGCUGGUACAGGAACACUGUCUUUCCCUUCGGACAUGGGUUGCACUACACAACCUUUCAUGUUGCGGUCGACGACUCCUUUCCCAAGACCUUCUCGAUUGCAGAUUUGCUCGCCUCCUGCAAGGGUGCCGCGUACUACCUUGACCUCUGCCCCUUCCCUUCCGUGCCAAUCACUGUGGCCAACACCGGCUCGCGGGCAUCCGACUACGUCGCCUUGGGGUUCCUUGCUGGAGAAUACGGUCCUGGGCCUUACCCAAUCAAGACGCUUGCGACUUACAAGCGCCUGUUUGAUGUCCAGCCUGGUCAAACGCAGACUACACAGCUAGAGUGGAAGCUGGAAAGUCUAGCAAGGGUAGACCAGGAUGGCAACAGGGUGCUAUACCCAGGGACGUACACGCUGCAGUUGGACCAACCGAUGAUUGCGAACGUUACCUUUACACUUACGGGGGAGGAAACUGUGUUGGACAAGUGGCCACAGCCAAGUUGA